GGCCGGAUGCCCCGGUUCUGAUUGGCUUGAUGGGGCGUGAUUGGCAGGUGAGCUCCCGCCCCGCCCCCGCCCGGAGGGAGGCUGAGCCCCGGGCGGCGCUGUCCACACGCAGCGGGUCCUGAAAGCGGCUCCGGGGCGGCGCGGUGGCGCACUGUGCGCGCCGAGCAGGCGGAGGGCUAGCGCCGGCGGCGGCGGCGGCGGCAGCGCGGACAUUAGAGCCGGCAGGGGUUUCAUCUCAGCACCGACAGCCCUGGCGGCCCCGGCGGCCCCGGCGGCAGGGACCCGCAUCCUCUGCUGCGCCCCUCGCUCACCGCUGGGCAGACGCGGCGGCUGUCCCGGAAGAGGCAAGCCGGGGACAGUCCACCCGCAUCCCCGAGAGCGGGCAGCGGGGAGCCAAGAGUUGGCAGCGUGAGGCACGGCCGGGAGCGAAGGGGCCGGGAGCCUCGGGGCCCGCGGGAACUUUGAAGGCGGCGCGUCCCGGGCUUCGAGGGCUGCAGUUCCGGGGCGCUCCGGGCGCCCAGCCUCAGCAGCUACAGCAUCUCCGCGUCUGCCGCGGCCCCUGCGCGGCCGGAGAGGGAGUUCUCCGCAACUUCGUCGGAGACGUCGGAGAGCCGGCAGGAGAGAGGUGCAGGGGCUCGUCCCGCCCCAGAGACAAGGAGCAGCGGGAGACAGGAAGGCUCUGGCGGAGGCCGAGGGGUGGACAGUCGCUCGAAGCAGCGAGACGGAAGCAGCCUGGCAGCCCGCGGGCCUCGCUGCCCCGGAGUGAGACGAAGGGCCGUGUGCUCGCGGCCUCUUGCACGCUUCUGCUCCGUCGCCGAGCGCCGCUAGCAGUCCCGGAGGCGGGCCCCUGCGCUAUGCCCUCGACGCCGCGGGCUCCUGGGCCUCUGCUUCUAGGGUGUGGGCCGGGAGCCGCCGUCUGAGCCCGUCAGGGAGCGAAGCCAGCUGCAGUUGGGCGCCCGCUCCCAGACCAACUGGCUGAGCACCAUUUCCCGCCUCUCGGCUCAGCUCUCCGCGACCUUCCGCAGGAGGCUUGGAGAGGGACUCCCGCACCGCUGCAGAGGUGUUUUUUGAGUACAGCUCACAUAGUGCCUGCCUCCCUGAGCAGCCCUUUGGCGCCGAGAGGCAGCGGCGUGGGCCGACCUGCAGUCUGGAGCGCCCCGAUGGAAAUACACUGUAAGCACGACCCGUUUGCAUCCAUGCAUAGACAUGGAGGAGUGAAUCAGCUUGGGGGGGUUUUUGUGAAUGGACGGCCACUCCCAGAUGUAGUCCGCCAAAGGAUAGUGGAACUUGCCCAUCAAGGUGUCAGGCCCUGCGACAUCUCCAGGCAGCUUCGGGUCAGCCAUGGUUGUGUCAGCAAAAUUCUUGGCAGGUAUUAUGAAACAGGAAGCAUCAAGCCGGGAGUGAUUGGAGGCUCCAAACCAAAGGUGGCCACUCCCAAGGUGGUGGAGAAGAUUGCUGAGUAUAAACGCCAAAAUCCUACCAUGUUUGCCUGGGAGAUCCGGGACCGGCUGUUGGCAGAGCGAGUGUGUGACAACGACACCGUGCCCAGCGUCAGCUCCAUCAACAGGAUCAUCCGGACAAAAGUACAGCAGCCCCCCAACCAGCCAGUCCCAGCUUCCAGUCACAGCAUAGUGUCCACGGGCUCCGUGACGCAGGUGUCGUCAGUGAGCACCGACUCUGCAGGCUCCUCGUACUCCAUCAGUGGCAUCCUGGGCAUCACGUCCCCCAGUGCCGACACCAACAAGCGCAAGAGGGAUGAAGGUAUCCAGGAGUCUCCAGUGCCAAACGGCCACUCACUUCCCGGCAGAGACUUCCUGCGGAAGCAGAUGCGGGGAGAUCUGUUCACGCAGCAGCAGCUGGAGGUGCUGGACCGUGUGUUUGAGAGACAACACUACUCAGACAUCUUCACCACCACGGAGCCCAUCAAGCCAGAGCAGACCACAGAGUAUUCAGCCAUGGCCUCACUGGCUGGAGGCCUGGACGACAUGAAAGCCAACUUGACAAGCCCCACCCCUGCUGACAUCGGAAGCAGCGUGCCAGGUCCACAGUCCUACCCCAUUGUUACAGGCCGCGACUUGGCAAGCACGACCCUCCCCGGGUACCCUCCGCACGUCCCCCCCGCUGGACAGGGCAGCUACUCGGCACCCACGCUGACAGGAAUGGUGCCUGGGAGCGAAUUUUCUGGAAGCCCGUACAGCCACCCUCAGUAUUCCUCCUACAAUGAUUCGUGGAGGUUCCCCAACCCAGGACUGCUUGGCUCCCCGUACUAUUACAGCGCUGCAGCCCGAGGAGCCGCGCCACCCGCCGCAGCCACCGCCUAUGACCGCCACUGACCCUCAGAGCCACGUGGGCACCAAUUCUUACAACUCGUAUCAACCCCAAGACAGACAGAGAGGCCCAACAGGUCCGUCUCCCACCCCCGUCCCACACACACGUGAAGCAUCCUCCCUCCAUUUCUUCCCCCCCAGGAUCCAGGUAGGGCUGUUGGACUUCUGGAUUCUUAUCCGUUUCAAGAGCCAAUUGACGAGCUUCUCCCAGUGGUGACAGGGUCUCUGCUGUUCUGAAGACCUUCGCAGCCAAGCCCAGCCUGCCAGUCCUCCUGAAUGUCUGACCAUCUGUGGGUCUCAGCCACAGCAGGCCUGGAAAGGAGAAAUGGCUUUCGAUGCUCCACAACACCCAUGUAAAUACCUUCUUGCUUCCCUGUGGACCUGAGGGUCUAACAGAGCAGAUCACCCCCAGCCACGGUGCAUCAUGGGAUAUCUUCCAUCUCUGCACAGAACACCCCCCUCUACCCUGGUGCCCUGUCAGGUGUCUCAAAGCUGUCUUUGAAACUGACAGUGCCCACCUUGAGGAUGCCUGGCCUCGAGUUCGCCCCACUUCUCGAAUAUCUGCAAGGCUCGCUGGUGGUCACGGUGCAAGCUUCUCCUGAGGUUCCCCCAAGAGGAAUACACUUCGGGGAGACACCCUGGCCUCUUGCCUCCAUUUCCACGGGGCCACUGUGGUGUCAACAGUCCUUUUUUUAGUCAAGGGACUCCAAGAGAACUUUUCUGGGACAGCUGCUUCCCUAAUGUAGGAGGUCAUCCAAGCACUGAUGGCAUUGAAUGCUAUCCGGAUCAAGACCAUUGGACCCAGGCCAGGAUCCUCCUGGCCCCUGAACCACCAAACUCAGUAUGUUUUCUGAGACAUGCCUACGCUCAAAUCAUGUUGAACAUCAGCCAUGGGCACUCCAUAACUGUCCUUUGGGACCCCAGCAACUGGAUUCUGGGCGAGCCUCUCCCAGCCAUAGAGACACUGGCUAACAGAAAAACGGACUGAUGCCUGCACUAAGGGCCAACACACCCUGCAGGCAUCACCAGGACCCCAGCUUCCUCUCAAGCAGCCCUGCCACCCUUGGGUGCACAGAGUGUGGAGGACAUGGAGGUACUGGGGGGGGUGGCAGGUGCCCAACUUACACCCGCAGGCCAGUGUGUUCAUAUGAGGUGUCGAGACGGAACUCACCGUGGGAAAGGCAGAGGGGUGUGUGAGAGACAGAGAAAGGGCUGGGGGAGGGGCAGGAGAAGCAAUGAGGAACUGGCGAGUGACUUGAGGACGGGUUUGAGUCUGGGGUGCCCGGGGAUACAGUUUAUUGAUCUGGAACCUCUGUUCUCCGCACAGUCCCUCUUGCCAACUCAGAAUAGGAGAGACGAACCCCUGUCUAAACUGAAACUGAAAAUUGCAAUGACAGCAAACGAACAUUUCUCGUGACAGCGUCCCUAGGGGCUGCUGUCUUGUGGGACCUCAGCCCCUUCACCUCUCCGAGUCUCCGCCGGGCUGACAGCUGGCUUACCUCACUAUUUUCCCUCCUCUCCCUUCCUCCCAGGGGGCUGAGGCGGUGGCAGUGUCACCUGGGUCAGGCCCUCACUCUUGCUGGUGUUCCAAACAAGUGUACAACAAGAAUGGGAACCGAAAAGACGCAAAAGAUCUCAUUUAGUUCUGAGAGGAGACUGAGGCCCAGCUUAGGGAAGCCCAAAGCCAGACAGGGGACCAAACAGACCCCCCCCCCCCCAGCGCUUUGUGUCCCAGUACCUUCCACGGGCAGUGGGACAAAAGGAGAAACUGAGGUUCGGUAAAUGGAGUCCCCACUGACUGGCAGAAGUAGCACUGGGACUUGGCCCCCUCCUCACUCAUGGUGAUCGCUGUCACCUCCAUCUACCCUCCUCUCUGGGGGGAGAAGGUGACAGUGAAGACGGCGGGAGUAACGUUUGUCCCAGUACUUCAGAUCAGGCUUCUGAUCUGGUAGAGCUGCCAAGGAUCCCUGUCAGCAGGCCAGAGGCAAGGCCCAUGAGCUUAAGGCAGCCUCGGUGACUUGCCUUCAGCCUUGGCUUGUCAGCCAAGGCAGGAGAAGGUUCCGUCCUCAUUCCCUCUCUGUCCCAUGCCGCUGCUCUCUUAUAGUGAUGCUCACCCUGGCCAUAGUUCCGAGCUGCAAGAGGGCAGCUUCCCUCCCUGUACAGCCUUCAGUGUGCACACCUUCCUCCCUCAGCUAAGCCGCAGUGCUCCCUCCCCGCCACCUGAUCUUGCCUGUAUAAGCAAGUCUGUGUCUUUCCUCUCUCGCCUGAGGUGCUGCUGGGCCUCAGCCUGGAGUCGUAUUUAUUAGACAGCCCCGUGGUUCCUGGGAUGCCAGGCACAAGGGCAAGAGGCCCAAUGGCUGUUCAGGCACGCACGGCUCUCGCCAGCUCCUUGAGACGCAGGUGCGUGUGAGUGUUCCCACAUUGCACACCUGCUCUCUCUAGCGCCCUCACACUGCAGCUGCACAUGCCAGAGAACUCGAGACGGAGUCUGGGGCUUCACCAGUGCCACGGCAGAAGGCCUGGCUAUUCCUCCGGGGGCCUUCAGUCCUGGUUGAACCUCAUGAAACCAGAUCUUUCCACAGCGUUUGUCUAGCUCCAGCAUGGGAACUUGCGAUGCUCCAACAGCCCCUGUGCCAAGGCACCUCCUUAGAGAUUGUGCCUUCCUGACCAGCACUGUGCAGUGCUGUGCAGUGCUCCACUGCCCCAUGGGGUAGAGACCCCGACGCCCGAGGCUCACUGUGAAAGUAAGGAUGAAGCGAAUCUGCAGAUCUCUGAGCCAGUCUUUGCCCACAAGUUGGUCUCCCAUCAUGAAAUGUGUGGCUUGAAGACACGCACCCCUUAGUCCUCCGUAAAUCCCCAGACAUACAACGAGGAAAGAAAGAACAGAGCCCAAAAGCUGGUCCAGUCACAGGAAGGGUCUGGGUACUGGUGGACUGACACUUUCAAUCUUUACCUGAAUUCACACAAACACUUCUGAGUGUUCACACGGAGCCUUUCCCUGCUGUACCCUGGGGCUCCUAGGGCAGUGUGUCCAAGUCCAUGCCACAGUCGCUGGCAGGGCCUGGACACAAGCCUGCUCUGGCUCUCAGAGCAUAAGGCAGCAGUUCCACGAGCCAUCUCCUGUCUCUUUUUUCUGCCCUUUCUACUUUAGAACAAACUGUGGCAGUGCGCAAGGCUGCCUGGCUAGAGCUUGUCCUAUCCAGACGGCAGCAUCUGAGGCCAGACAGGUGGUUUGAGGCCGCCCUCCGGGCAGGGUACAAAACAGCAGGGUGUGGUGCAUCCCCCAGAUAUCUAGAGCAGGAUUGGCAUCUUCAUAGUGAAAAACACUCUGCUGGCCCAAAGAAAAAGAGGUCUGUGGGCUGAACCGGGCCGGUCAGCCAGACUUGUGAGCCACCGUCUAUUCUCUCCGUCCUCAUUCUCGCGUGAACUCUGGGAGAAGGCGAGAGGAGAUAAGAGGUGUGCAAACCGUUUGGACGUUGGGAGUGGUGGUGGGGGGAAGAACAUAGGUGGUGGGCGUGAGGGGAGCUGUUGGGUUUCUACUCGUAGAGCUCCAGAUGUGGCCACAAGGCAUUGAGGGGUGACAUCCCUUAAUGAGUCAGGCUUCAGAGUGGCUGCUGUGCCCUCGGCAGCCUUAGCUCCAUUCACCCCCCUUGUAGGUGACAUUUCAGAAUUUAACUCCAAGCCAUGGAGACCAAAUCUUAAAAAUAAACCGAGCACUCCCAAACAAAUACUAGGAACAAGCAGCGUAGGAACGGCCGUCUCCCAGGAGACCCCUGCACAGGCCAGGCCAGGCUAGAGUAGGCUGACCCCAUAAGUCUCUGAGUUAGACCAGCUCCAUGGUGGCCCUGGCCUUGUCACCCAUCUGGAGUCUGCCUGUGAUGGUUUCAAGGCACACAGUGGUGAACCUGGGUAAAUUUAUUCCUUUAAUGUCUUAGCCUCCAAAAGGUCCAAGGCAUGUGCAUUUCUUAAGAGGAAACAAAAUACAUGACUGGAGACUGGGACAGUCAGGCCACGACAUCUCGCCUUCACUCUGCCCUACCCCCCAGUGGCCCUUCAGCCCCUUGGCCCUUAGUGUCCCUAGACCUCAAGAUUCCUUUUUACAUAUUCAUGAGUGAGUCAUGGAGUCGAUCCAUACUUCCCUGCUGUCAGCUGAGGCUGUUCCUGAGGUGGCAGCCAGGUCCCCAGGGGCCAGCUGCAGAGCACAUAGUGAGUCCCUUGCACAGGGGCUGUUCGGACGCAGGUGCAGCUUCUCUACAUGCUGGGAGCAGUAGACAGCCAUCUUUCUUUGUCUUUGGUAAUUCCUCAGCACUGGACACUUCCAGGACCAGCGGGGAACUCUUUGCCUGAUCAUUGUCACUCCUGGCUGCCAAUCCAGGAGUUCCUCUCAUCUCGUCUCCAGACGAGGUUGGUCAAAGUCACCCUUUAGUACCUCUAGAUUCUUCUGCACACACCUUAGUGUCCUGAACAGCACCAAGCUGUUGUUUCUGUCCUCACUAUGGGAAUGUUGUGGCAUGUUGGUGACCUCUCAGUGGGAUCAGGCUCAACCUGGACAGCACUGAGCAUGAAUCAGAGAUGGGAGCAAGGAAAACAGAGAAAAGAUUGGGAACUUGGACGUUCUGUGCCUCUCACUAACUCUAAGACCUGACUUGAGGACACCGACCUGUAGUCUCACUUGUCCCUGCCUGGUUCCCUCACCUGCUAAGCUGCACUUGGGAUACGCUCCCCCAAACUAGCAUGCAGUCAAUGCAUCCCUCCAUCCCUAGUCUUCUCCAAAAGCACCAUUGGGAACAUGUGACGAUGGGUUUUUGAUUUACAAGUGGUGCAUUUCGCUUAGAGUGGAACAAAAAGGAAACCAUUUAACGACCCCCGUGUUUCCAAGCAUGAAUACAUUUUAAUGAAAUUAUUUUAUUGUAUUUGAGGAAAUGGAGAGUUGAACAUUCCAACCAAUCAAUAACCAAUUAAUUGCUGUAAAGCUUAAAAGAAAAGAAAUCCCAAGUCUAUUUUAAACAUCCUGAAAAACUCAGAGCCUCAUAGUCAGGACUUCCUCUCCAUGCCACGCACACAAGUGCAUGGACAGGGGAGUUCACUCACACACACAUACACACGCGUGUGCACACAUACACUCACACAUGUACACAGUCUCACACAGUCACAUACAAACACACACAGUCACACACGCUCUCUCUCACACACAUACACACACGUACACACACACGCACUCACACAGUCACACACACACAUACACACACGUACACACACACGCACUCACACAGUCACACACACACAUACACACACGUACACACACACAUACACACACGUACACUCUCUAAUACUAAGACAGGAAACUCAGAAGAACUUCUCUGUCCCCGAUGCCAGUUCUUGCUGCCUGUCUUUGCCUUUGGUCACAGAGGUGAGCAGCCUCAGCUGCAGCCUGUCCUGGGGCUCAGAAAGGGACAGAGCUGGCCCCCAGGGCCAAGCUACGAGCACAGUGUGGGUGGUGAGGGCCUACUGUUGCCAGCAGGGUUCUUUUCUACCCGGCUACAGGGUCGCCCCCACAGAGGGCAGGGGGUGGGAUUUUGACUCCUGCUGUAUGAUGCUGCCCUGGUUUGUCACCCUCUAGUGGCCUCUGGACAUUGAGUAUUUGUAGGAAUGCAGAUGACAUUCCAAUGGAACUCUGCCAGGAAGACAUGUGGGUUUUGCUUCUCAUUCUUUUAGAUGGUUAACACUGCCCUAGGGACUGGCCCAGCAUCAAAGAAAUGCAUAUCUACUGUAUCCGCCAAAGUUUGUGAUGCCUGCAUAGACGCUUGUUAAAAAAUAUACAAAAAAACAACAAAAAAUAAACAAAACCACACAAUUGAAUUGCCUUUGAAAGUGGGAGAUGAUCUGUCUCCAACAGAUUGAGAAACAAAAAGCUUCUUAAAAGUGUGUAUGUUUUAUAUUCUUUUUUUCUAGUAGAACUGACUUGAAAUAUUGGUGGUUUUUUUUCUUAGUGAUGUGUGUUGCUUUUGUGUGUGAUAAUAUUUGAAUGUAAUUACAGCAGUGCCAAUUUGCCAAAGAUGUUGGACAUAUUUUUCUUUUGUUGGGGAAGGGCGGGGCUUCGGGUAGGAUUUGGGAGGACACUGGGAUGGGAUACUGGUUUAAUUUUUUCCAAACUUUUUUUCUCGUCAAACCUGGGAUUUGUGAUUUUAUUUUAAGUUAAAUGGUUGACUGCAACACCUUUAUUUUAAAUUAGCUGGAGAAACAUGCAAUAAGGUUGGCGUAGUUUCAAUAUCUGUGUCUUUUCAUGAGUGAUUGUUCCUUGUGAAGAAUUGAUUUUAUGUAACCUUUAUGUGAGAUAAUUAUUUGUAAAUAUUUGCCAUAAUUUUAUUGGUUCCUAAAAUAAAAGUAAUUUUUUAAGUUCA